AUGGACAUCGAGAGAGAACGAGGCAUCACCAUCAAACUGAACACUGCUCGCAUGGACGUGAACGAGAACGGUGAGGACCAUGCGAUUUACUUCUUCAGUACGUCUGGGCCUUUCUCGCAUGUGCACAUGUCUUGUCUGUUGGAGGACUAUGUCCUGAAUCUUAUCGACACGCCUGGCCAUGUCGACUUCACCUACGAAGUGAGCCGGUCGCUGGCAGCCUGCGAGGGCGCUCUGCUCGUCGUGGACGCCACGCAGGGCGUCCAGGCCCAGACUCUGGCCAACGUCACUUUAGCUUUGGAGGCAGACCUCGAGAUAGUGCCUGUCCUGAACAAGUGUGACCUGCCUAGUGCUGAUCCUGAUCGUGUCUGCCAGGAGAUCGAAGAUGUUGUUGGAAUCGACUGCAGCAAUGCUUUGCAGUGCUCGGCCAAGACCGGUGAGGGUGUCCCGGCAAUCAUCCAGAGCAUCAUAGAAUGCGUGCCAGCACCAACAAAGUCCGAGCAGUCGCUUAUGCGACUGCUCGUGUUUGACAGCUUCUAUGACAACUACCGGGGUGUCAUCGCGAUGUUCCGUGUAGUGGAUGGAAGUAUCUCCAAAGGACAAAAGAUUCGUUUCAAGAAUUCAGGCAAGGAGUUCCUUGUCGAGGAAAUUGGCAUCAUGAUUGGAGGUGCCAGAAAGCCCGUUAAGAAGCUGGGUGUGGGUGAGGUCGGCUACGUGUGCGCCAACAUCAAGACGGUCGGCGAUGCCCGUGUGGGUGACACCAUCAUUGAGGCCGGGACCGAGGACCAGGUGGAGGCCCUGCCUGGCUACACCGAGGCCCGCGGUGCCUGA